GACGUGCCCCAUUUUCAAUAUGGCGACGAGAGAUUUUGUAUUUUGUAUAUAAAAAAUGGUUGUGAACUAAAUAGGCGCAAAAAUGGUCAUGACUAAAUCGGAGGCGCUGAAAAUUCUUGAAAUAGCUGAAGGCUCCACACAAGAUGAAAUUCGUGCAAGUUAUAAAAAGCUAGCCCUGCGAUGGCACCCGGAUAAACAUAGCAACAGUGCUGAAUCAACCAAGAAAUUUCAAGAAAUUUCUGAGGCAUACAAGAGGUUGACCAGUAAGGAAGACGAUGAUGAUAUCAGGAUAUCAAUGGCAGAUAUGUUUGAUUUGUUUGCUCACAUAUUCUUCAGCAAUAAUGGAUACUUUGCUCCAGAUAAUUUUUUUUAUUCGGAUGAUGAAUACAAUGACGAAUAUGAUGGUUACAAUGACGACGACUAUGAUGAUGAUGAUGUUGAUUUUCUUAUGUUUGACUCGGACGACGAUUUUCCCAUUUAUCGAAGUCGACAACAUCAUGCAAAGUAUUCUGAUAUGAUGGCAAGAAGAGUCAGUAAAGCAACAGCUAAUUCUUUUAAGCAAGAAAUUUUGAAAAAGAAAAAACAGGUCCGUCCAGAAAUAUCUGAAGAACAAGAGAAAAUGCCGAAGAAUUAAUACAGGAAGAGGAGAAAUCGAAGAAAAAAGCGGAAAAACGCAAAGCUAGAAGAAAGAGAAAUCGAGCUAAUCGUACGAAAAGAGAACGAGAGAAAAGUAACGACAGUAAAAAGACGAAUGAGGUGACAACAUCAAUUGAAAAAGUCGAGAAUGUUCAAGAAAAUCAAGACAGCUCGAAAGAAAAUAUAAAUCCCGAAGGCGAUGAACAAAUAGCGAAAGGAAACGAAGAGGAUUGUCCAAUGUCUUCGAAAAACAGAGAUCACGAGUGUUCAGAUGACGACAGCACCCACAAUUCAUGAAUGGAGAAUUAAUUCUAGUUUAGACAGCCAUGUUUAUGAUGUGGGUACAUUCAAACAGAAAAAAGGU